AUAUAUUGUACAUCACAUCUGAAGCUAUUCUUUAGCAACACAUUCAACAACAGCCAGGAUACGCUCACAUUUUGGCAUCAACUACGAUCGUCGCACUCCACUGAUCACCAACAUCGUCCAACAAACACCUAUGACUCAUCAUCAGACUCGACCCAUCAAGAAGAAGCUAUACAUACCAUAUUCUUUGUCGUUGGAGUAAUCCACAUCAACUUUGGCUCAUCAACAUCCAACUACACAGAUUAUAGUAUAGUAAUACUCGACACAUCAAGA